AUGCUGGUGACAGAAAGGGCUGUGGGGAAGGUGCGCCCGUGGGCCAGCUUCUCCAAUCCCUCCCUUAUAGUGGAGCGGCCGCCCUUCAUGCUGUCGGAGAGCGGCUGGGGCGAGUUUGAGAUUCACACCUUUCCCCUCUUUCCGCAUGUCGUGGUGUUUCAGCUGCACCCGAGCUUCUCCAAUCCGACGCGCAUUGUGGAGCGGCCGCCCUUCAUGCUGUCGGAGAGUGGCUGGGGCGAGUUUGAGAUCGCCAUGACCAUUGUGUUCCACGCCGAUGCUUCUGAAAUGCCAGCUGAGCUCACCCAUCACCUUCGGCUGUACCCAGAAGGCAGCGCUCCGAACCAGCCUCUCAGCACCAAGCGGCCUGUUGUGGCUGAGCAAUACGAUGAGCUAGUGUUCUGCGAGCCACAGAUCGCGUUCUUCCAUCGCAUCCGCUCCAACCCCAUGGUACGGAUUCACGGCAGUGAGGAGGCCAUCACCGCCGCUGGCAACCACACAGCGAUACCACAAGAUGGCUCCAGUUCGGCCCCUGCAGAUGCACGUAACUUGGAAUCAGAUUUGCGAGGAGAGAAUAGAGGGGACACUCUAGACCAUCCGUUGUCGCAGUGGUUUCUGCAGUUCUCAGACGAACAAGAGCUGACUGCCAUAGCUGCUGCAAGGAAGCAGGUAAUCCUGUCAUCAGACGUUUCUGCCAUAUUGGAAAUGCUCAAGGGCUACCUGCCACGUGCUGCUGCCAUGAAGCAGUUGGGGGUGAAGUGCACUGACUUCGGGGACAGCUCAGCAGUAACCUUGUUGCCACACUGA